AUGCCAGCCCGUAAGGUCCUACCAACCUUUCGAGGGACAGCCCUAAAGCAAAUCUCCCACACUUCCACCAAUUCCCACUUCGGUAACCCCCUGGGAAAGCAAUACGUCCACCCUACCCCUCAGCCCGCUGCCUCGUGGAGGCCCCUCGCCAAGUUUGGUGGGCCCCUCACGGCUGACCUGCCCCCUCCCUCUACUCUCGAUGCAGAGGGCUUGGGUCAUGCUGCUAACACUGCCGUGCGAGAUCGGAUAAAGAGCACUUCACCGUAUUGGCAACAGCUGAGAGAUAGAGCCCUCGCUAUCGCCCCCGCGAUGGAGCCUAGGGACUGUGCUCUUCUCCUCAAUGCUUUCUCGAGGGUCCGCAUAGCCGACCAGCAACUGUUCGAUACGCUGGCCCCCGUGGUAGAGGCCAAACUGUUGUAUUUCACAUCAGUUCAUCUCGCGAUGGUGUUCAGCGCCUAUGCUAAGACAGGUGUGCAGAUGCAAGAGUCGUUUUUGAAUGCCUUGUCGCGAGAGGUCGCGGCUAGAGUCCAUGAAUUCCACAGCCCCGUAGAGAUAUGUAUGUUGCUAAAUGCGAUGACCAAACUGGGCGUGGUGGAUUUGGAACUCUUUACUCGGUGGUGUAAGCAUAUCCAAACGAGGAUGUCCCAAGAGCCCUUCCACGUGAGGGACCUCAGCGUUAUUGCUAGUGCACUGGCUAGGGUCGUCAAACACCAUACUGUUGCUGAGGGGAGUGGUCAGAAAAAAGGGGGAGAGGAUGACACUGAGGAUGGUCAGCAGCUUGAGGGUCUCCUUCCCCUCACAUCUACAAUGGAGAUGAUAGCAGGUCGAGCAUUGGCGACCUUGGCAGAGGCGACUCCUAUGGAGUUGGCCCGACUGGUCUUGGCAUACACCAGUGAUAGUGGUGGGGUUAUUAGUCCUCCUAAGGAGCUCUUGGAGUCAAGUCUGGCAUGUGCGAGGGAUAAGCUCAUGUUUAUGGCACCAGCGGAGCUGGUCAACGUGGCGUUUGCUUUUGGACAAGUACGGGAGUCGCUGACCAGCGUUUCGGACAUUGCUCUGCUCGAUUCGUCCAUUUUCGAACGAUUGAGGUUUUCAGCGGUCAGCUCCGCUCCGCUAUUUUUGGCUUCGGAAGUUGGAGGCCUCCUUCAAGUGUAUGCACGAUGGAGGAUCCCCUUCGGCCACAGCGACCUCGCUGUGAUGGUCUCCCGGCUCAUCACGACUGCUGAGAAAUGUGACGCUGAAGUCGCUUGUAACGCUGUGUAUUGCGCUACAACUAUCGUGAUGAACACCUCGAAGUCUCGGGACAUAGAGUCAGCAGCAACGCUCGAGAUGGGCACUAUCGCCAAGUUUGUGGAGGCUAUGGUUAAUACGGCCCAUCUGGACAAAGCUGUUAUGGACACUAUAGCGAGGUCUCUGAUGACGACUCCAGCUAGAGUGGUGGAGUUGGGCCGUUCAAAGCGUACUUGUCAUCUCCUCAUCGAGUCAUUCAUUGCUCAUGGGUUCGACCAAGAGGGUGACCUCAUGUUGAUGCUGAAAGAGCAGCGUGAGGGUGGAGGGGCGACUCUUGCUGGGUAG